AUGCCCUUGCGAAAAGACAAACGAGAUCUCAUCGACAUCGACUUUACAUUAAGACGCGUGUUUGGGAAGAAGACAUUUCGACCCCUCCAGCGGGAAGUUAUUGAGGCCGCUAUUGAGGGCCAUGAUGUGUUUCUUCAGGCUGCCACGUCGUUUGGGAAGAGCUUAUGCUUUCAAUUACCAGCUAUUGUGGGGCAUGGAGUCACAAUUGUUGUUUCUCCUCUUCUUGCAUUGAUGGUGGAUCAAGUCACUGCCCUAGAAGCUAAUGGCAUACCCGUCGCAACGAUCAAUUCAACAACUACGCUUACCAGAAGGCGGGAAAUUGUAAAAGAUCUCCUCUCGGGACACCCCACUUUACGCCUUUUAUACGUUACCCCCGAAUUCUGUCAGACGGAUUCCUUCCGUCGAAAUCUUCAAACAGUUCACGUACAAGGCGAACUUGCUCGGAUCGCAAUUGAUGAGGCGCAUUGUGUCAGUGAAUGGGGCCAUGACUUCCGUCCUGCUUAUAAAGAGCUGUCGUGGUUCAGAAAAGAGCUACGCAAACCAUUUGUUCCAAUCACUGCUCUCACAGCAACAGCCACCGCCCGCGUCCGCUCAGAUAUAAUAUCUCUGCUAGGAUUGGAUCCUCUCACCUUGAGGAAAUUCAGCACUGGAUCAGCGCGACCAAAUAUUCAUUACGAGGUCCGAUAUCUUUCAGAUUGUUCUAUAGACCCUGCAGUUCCUGGCACAGAUCAAUUAAAUGACCUCCUCUGUUGGCUGAGCUCGAUUCAUAAUAGACGUGUUGCACGGCUAACUCCUCCCCAACAAGAAAAUUCUAACGAACCUAGCACGACCAUCAUACCUCCCCUUCCUCCUCUUAUAGGAAUUAUCUAUGUCCCAUUAAGGGCUAUCUGCACUGAACUUGCGAACAGCUUAUCAGCCUCACCUCUCAACAUCAAAGCAGUCGCUUAUCAUGCUGGGCUGUCUGCUUCUGAACGGUCCAAAAUUCAGUCACUGUGGAGCUCACCAAGCAAGGUCUCUGGAUCAACAAAAGAAAAGGCAGGAGAAAAGCCCAAAUCACCUGCCUUUUGCAUCGUGGUUGCCACCAAUGCUUUUGGGAUGGGUAUUGACAACCCGCAUGUUCGCUUUGUCAUACACUGGACUCCGCCCCGCAGUUUUGAAGGUUUUGUGCAAGAAUCCGGUCGAGCAGGUCGGGACGGCCGUGCAGCUGUGUCUCUGGUAUACUAUAGCCCUCAGGAGCGCGACCGUGUAAUGGACCGCUUGACCCGAGACCAGGACUGGCAUUUCGAAGCAGCUUUGCAGGGAAACAACCCCGCGAGUAAAAAGCGCAAGGCCACAACAGCAAAUUUAGAAGCCAAGAUACGCAACCAGGAAGCACUCCUAGAGAGUUUCAAGAGGAUGGUAAAAUAUUGCGAAACAACAACCCGGUGCAGACAUGAUGUGAUUCGCGAAUUUUUCGGCGAGCGGGAUCCGAAUCUUGACGCACGAAUGGGACAGCCUUCUCAAGUUUAUAAGGACACUUCUAUUACAUCAAUGUGUGAUUUUGCAUGCGAUUUCUGCAAAGAGGGUCGUGAAGCGUUGACACGCCGAAAGAAACUUAGUGGGGCACAUGAACAUUCAGGGGAUGACUAUGCUGAGAGUUUUCUUCCAGCCCCUGGGUCCAGGGCGGAAUUCACGGGCUUUCGUGCUGCUAGCCUUAUAGACACAUACAAACGAUACUAG